CGAAUAUGAUGAUGAUGAAUAUGUUGAAAAUAGUCAACUAAAACCGAAGGUUGCAGCUCCAAGGCCAAGACAUGGAGAUUUUGAAUCUUCAGAGUACCAAAAUAAUCAUCACCAACCACAUCACUUCAGUCAUCAACCUCAUUACUACAACAACCAUAAUCAACAACAGCAUAUGCCUUGCUGUGCUCAGCCUAUGAUGACCACUGCAGCACCAGGCUUAACUAUACAGAUGGGACAAGGUUUACCUAUGAGUCCAUUGGGAAUGUUGAGGCAGCUACUCAGACCUAAAGUUGACCUUCGCAAGAAAUUAUUCUUUGGCAUCCAGCUCGAAAAUGGAAUGGGAUUUGGAGGGGAGCAACCAGCUGCUCCUGCUCAGCCAGCCCAAGGGGGUGGCGGUAUGAUGCCAGCUGGUGGCGGCAUGGGCCAACAUCAAGGUCAAGGACAACAUCAAGGGAUGGGUGGGGGAAUGUAUCGUUUCGGUUAAGUGAUAAGCAUCUCAAUAACUGCACUUUUGUCAAGUGAUGUCUCAUUAAGAAAAUCUCAUCGAUUAGGAAGUUUUAAAUAUGAGCAUAGCUCUAUUUUGAUGAAGAGAGCGUUCCUCUUUAAAUCAAUUGUUUCAGUUUUCAUAGAAGUGGAAUUGGGAAGGGUAGGUUUAUUUGUUAAACGAUUCAACUGAGAAGUAAACCUCUUAUUAUCAUAAUCAUUGGGGUUUCAUAUUUGCAUUUUAAAUCAAUAAAAAGAACAUUCUUAAUUUCAGUUAUUAGUUAGUAAUUGAGUUUUUGCAUGAUAAAGCCUUUUGAAAUCGAAGGCAUCAGCCAACUUAUCAUUUAUAUUUUAUUACAUAUUUAUAAGUAAAUA